GUUUUGUUUACUUUCAGUCUCACCAAAAUAUAUGGUUGUGAGUAGAAAAAAAUUUUAGUGAUUUUAUCUCAGAGAAAAAAUUUGAACAUACAAAUGAUAGUGUUUAAUAUGUCUAAAAAAUAUAAAUAAACAAAUAUGCCGUUUCUUAAGUGUUACAAGGAACCAAGGUCAAGAAUUCUAGAAGAAUCAACAAAAAGGAAUGGUCUUAAACAUGCAAUCUUCAGUGUCAGUGGAGAAAAGUACAAGGGAGAGUGGAAAAACAACUUGAAACAUGGCAAAGGGUCACAAUUGUGGAAAAACAAGCACAUGUAUGAAGGCGACUGGUUGAAUGGUCAGAGGCAUGGCUAUGGAGUGCUGUCAAAAAUACUUGACGAUGGAGUAACACAGAUACUGCUUUAUGAUGGGGAUUGGCAGUAUGGAAAACCAGAGGGUUUUGGGAGAAAACACUCUGGAGACGAGUAUUACGAGGGAGAGUUUAAGUCAGGCAAACGUCACGGACAAGGCAGAAUGUGGUUUGCUGACGGAUCGUUCUAUGACGGGACAUGGGUGGACAACAUGAAGAACGGGCUAGGACUGUUUGUUUACCCCAACGGUAAUCGGUACGAGGGUGACUGGAGAGCCAAUCAGAAGCAUGGCUACGGAGAGUUCUACCACCUACAGACAGGUCAGCUGCAAGCUGGGGUGUGGAACAAGGGAACUGCUGUGUGUUCUACAAUGAGCGACAUCAUGUUCCGCCAGGCCUGUUUGCAGCCGACGCAAUACCCUAUGAAGAAGAAUGAGCUGGAGUCCCCAGAUCUGGUUUUUGAAGCAGAGUUACGUAGAAUCUUACACCAGCAGGCUGAGCCAGAACCAGAGAUGGUUGCUGAGGCCCCACUUCCCUCCCCUAUACCUGCACUGGCUCCGUGGUUCUACGUAGAUUGUUGUGACAAGGUGUUUCCAAAAAAGUCUUAAAUAAAACACAACGGAAGAUUUGUUUUCUUCAAAAAAUGUUGAAAGUGCAAGUUAAAUAUUAAUUAUUAAUGUUACAUUUACAGUACUGGUUGUUAAGUUGAUUCUAUAUUGUUAAAUAUUUCAAAUAAAUAUUUAU